AAUUUCAGCAGAGCCCUGUUCAGUUGUUCUUCUCUUCUCCAUCCUAGAACCGGGGGGCUUUGACACUGAGCCUUGGGUUUUUUUUUUUUCCUUCCUCCCCCCCCCCCUUUUUUUUUUUAAUUGGUUCGCUGCCCAAACGCCCACACUGUGCUCUGUGGAUCAUUUUAAAAAAUAGUAAUAAUAAUCCAAACAAAAGAUUUUUUUUUUUAAACCCCGAAACCACCUUUGCUGGGCUUAAAGAGGAGAAGAGUCAAAAGCCUGUGACAGCCACUAUUUGCCGAUAAGAAUGGUGAUGAUAAUUAGCACCAUGGAGCCUCAAGUGUCCAAUGGCCCCACGUCCAACACGGCCAACGGCCCAUCCAGCAACAGCCGGAACUGCCCCUCCCCGAUGCAGACCGGGGCGGCCACCGACGACAGCAAAACCAACCUCAUCGUCAACUACCUGCCCCAGAACAUGACGCAGGAGGAGUUCCGCAGCCUGUUCGGCAGCAUCGGCGAGAUCGAGUCCUGCAAGCUGGUCCGGGACAAGAUCACAGGGCAGAGCUUAGGCUACGGCUUCGUUAAUUACAUCGAUCCAAAGGAUGCCGAGAAAGCCAUUAACACUUUAAACGGACUCAGACUCCAGACCAAAACCAUAAAGGUGUCCUACGCCCGGCCCAGCUCGGCGUCCAUCAGGGACGCUAACCUCUACGUCAGCGGCCUCCCCAAAACAAUGACCCAGAAAGAGCUGGAGCAGCUGUUCUCGCAGUACGGACGCAUCAUCACCUCCCGGAUUCUGGUGGAUCAAGUCACAGGUGUGUCCCGCGGCGUGGGGUUCAUCCGUUUCGACAAGAGGAUCGAGGCGGAGGAGGCCAUCAAGGGUCUGAACGGCCAGAAGCCCAGCGGGGCCACCGAGCCCAUCACCGUCAAAUUCGCCAACAACCCGAGCCAGAAGACCAGCCAGGCGCUGCUAUCCCAACUGUACCAGUCCCCCAACCGGCGCUACCCCGGCCCGCUGCACCACCAGGCCCAGAGAUUCAGGCUGGACAAUUUGCUUAAUAUGGCCUAUGGCGUGAAGAGGUUCUCGCCGAUCACCAUCGACGGGAUGACCAGCCUGGUGGGCAUGAACAUCCCCGGGCACACGGGCACCGGCUGGUGCAUCUUCGUGUACAACCUGUCGCCCGACUCGGACGAGAGCGUCCUGUGGCAGCUGUUCGGGCCCUUCGGCGCCGUCAACAACGUCAAGGUGAUCCGCGACUUCAACACCAACAAGUGCAAGGGCUUCGGCUUCGUGACCAUGACCAACUACGACGAGGCGGCCAUGGCCAUCGCCAGCCUCAACGGCUACCGCCUCGGGGACCGGGUGCUGCAGGUGUCCUUCAAGACCAACAAAACCCACAAAUCAUGAAUCCCGGCCCCCUCCUCGACCACAGACGAACAAAAACACACGCUCACACGCACGCACGCACGCACACACUCACACGAACACACACGCACACAUACACGCACCACGAGGGAGAGAGAGAGAGAGAAACUAACUUUCCACGGCUUACCGUUCGACCACAGACUUUAUAAGCCUAGUGCCAGUUGGCUGAGUAUUCAAACAUGGGAUAUCCUGUGAUGUACCAGGAAAGGAUUUUAUAACGCUUAGAAAACAAAAAAAAAAAACAAACGGAAAAAAAAAACAAAAACAAAAAAAAAACCUUUGAUGCAUUGAAUGUUCUUUCAUAGCUGUCGUUGUUGAAGAUAAUAUAUACAUAGAUAUAGCAGGGGGCAGGGACUUUGACCCCGCCCAGCUAAUUUCCCACCUUCCUUGAAGGUGGACCUUUUUAAGAUGACCAUUUGCUCAUUUGAAGAAGAAAAAAAAAAAACAAUUUUUACAAACUUAGUGGGAUUCAAAGAAAGAAAAAGAUUUUUCUUUUUUUUCAAAAUGUUGAUUUCCAAUCAGAUUUGGUAGCUCCCUCCCUCUCCCGCCCCACCCCCCACUCACGUUUAAAGAGGAAUAAUAAAAAAUUGCAGGAGACAAAAACAAAAAAAAAAAACGAUUUUUGCAAUUCUCUCUAUUUUUCCUUUUUUCUUUUCUAUCAUGUGAAAACGGAACAGUCUUCUGUAGAGGGGACGGGGGGCGAGGGUGACUCUGAUGACAGUAACAAUUUAAAUAACAUUAACAGUGUUGCCAAAGAGACGGUCUCUUUGCGGAAAAUGGGUUUGAAGAAAAAUCUAUUUUUAUAAAAUAUAAAGAAUUUUUACAAGAGAAUCUGGAUUUGAGAAAAAAAAUAUUUUGACUGGCUAAUUUAGGGGAAAUUGACACCUUUGUCACAUUCAUACUGCACUGGUAACUUUUUAGGGAUCGAGAUGUGUGUUUUAAACUGGAUUAGAUUGUUUUUUGAAGGAUGGGCUAUAGACAGGAUCUUUUCAUAGCAUGUAAUAAUCAAAAUAUGAAAUAACCCCCCCCCGACCCCAGGGGAGGGUGCCCCGUGCUGCUCACAGCACCCACGAUCCCCACAGUCAAAACCCAAAAAGCAAGGAGAUGAGUUGAUAGAGGAUUUUUCUUUAAGUCAUCAGUAUGGGAUAUCAGCAAAGCAAAAGUUAAAAGAGUUCCUUUUUUCUUUUGAUCGAAAACUUCCUUAGUUUGGAGCAGUAGGUGCUACGAAAUUCUUUACAUAUCUUAGUAUCAUAGUUAAAUGUAAUGUGUUUAGGAAAGAAAAAAAAAAACCAUUUGCUUUGAAUUUAAGGAAUUUUCAAAUUCACUUUGUAGCCCAUGGCAGAUAUAAUUGGGCUGUGUUGGUACAUUUGAAACACUGUUUAUGUUGCUUGAAACACUUAUUUAUUUAACUGCCAAUGUGACCGAUGCAUAUGGCCAAAAUCAAAUAUAGCUAGUUUGGCCGGUCUACUUAUUUGUUUACUUAAACUAUGGGGAGAAGCAUAUUACUGUGUCAUUUUGUUGUGUGUGUAUGUGUAUAUAUAAUAUAAAUAUAUAUAUAUAAAGUUAUUUUUUUUUCCUUUGGUUAAUUUAUUCUAAGUUGUAACACUUUGCUAGUUUUGUUUGUAUAUGUCUUAAAACUGUUUUCUUAUGAUACUUAAGUGGCAGGAGGUAUCAAGGUAACCUGUGUAGAAAUAUCGUUUGAUAUAUCGUCACGUUCGUUGUGAAUAUUUUUUCUUACUGCACAGUAGAAAAACAACAACUGGGCCUUUAUUUUCCGGUAAUUCCGAUGGACAGCGUAGCCAGAGCCAAGAGAACAAAAGCCGGCGGCAUCUGGGGGGA